AGCGAUUAACCUGCAGAGACUGCAAUUUCGCGCCACUAUUGCCCACUGCUUGUUUCAUAGAUUUUUGCUUUGGCCUGACUUCUCUGCGCGACCCAGACAGUGAAGAUUGAAGAAGAUGCUGUGGGUGGACAAGUACAGACCCAAAACCCUAGACCAGGCGAUGGUCCACCAAGACAUCGCUCAAAACCUCAAGAAACUCGUUGCAGAGCAGGAUUGCCCCCAUUUGCUCUUUUACGGCCCUUCUGGCUCUGGCAAGAAAACCCUAAUCAUCGCUCUUCUUCGACAGAUUUUCGGUCCCAGCGCCGAUAAGGUGAAGGUGGAAAAUAGGACAUGGAAAGUUGAUGCUGGAAGUAGAACCAUUGAUAUAGAGCUGACUACGUUAUCAAGCACAAACCAUAUUGAACUGAACCCCAGUGAUGCAGGCUUUCAGGACAGAUAUAUUGUUCAAGAGAUAAUUAAAGAAAUGGCUAAAAAUAGACCCAUUGACACAAAAGGGAGAAAGGGAUAUAAAAUCUUAGUGCUGAAUGAAGUCGACAAACUUUCUAGAGAAGCUCAGCAUUCUCUUCGAAGAACUAUGGAGAAGUAUAGUGCUUAUUGCCGGCUAAUACUAUGCUGUAACAGUUCUUCAAAGGUUACUGAAGCAAUCCGGUCCCGGUGUCUAAAUGUGCGAAUAAAUGCGCCAACAGAAGAACAGAUUGUUAAGGUAUUGGAGUUCAUUGGAAAGAAGGAAGGGCUGCAACUUCCUUCUGGAUUUCCUGCUCGUAUAGCUGAAAAAUCAAAUAGGAGCUUAAGGAGAGCUAUAUUGUCAUUCGAAACUUGUCGUGUUCAACAGUAUCCCUUUACAAGUAAUCAAGCAAUACCCCCAAUGGACUGGGAGGAAUAUGUUUCUGAAAUUGCAUCUGAUAUAAUGAAGGAGCAGAGCCCAAAAAGGCUUUACCAGGUGCGGCAAAAGUUGUAUGAGCUACUUCUUAAUUGUAUUUCUCCGGAGAUCAUCUUGAAGAGGCUGCUUUUUGAAUUAUUGAAGAAAUUGGAUGCCGAGUUGAAGCAUGAGGUCUGCCAUUGGGCUGCAUACUACGAACACAGGAUGCGUCUUGGGCAGAAAGCCAUAUUUCACCUCGAAGCGUUCGUGGCCAAGUUCAUGAGCAUCUAUAAGGCUUUCCUCAUUGCAGCUUUUGGCUGAACACCAGACUUAACUUGAUUGCCAUCGAUCUGAAAUGUUUUUGUUGAACAUGAUGGCAAUGAAUUGUGUACUCAGUUUUAGUAUUUAUGGUCCCAGUAGAAGCAUGUCAUUGAAGAUGUUUAUCAACCAGCAUCCUGUAAUACGGUUUGGUUUUAUUUUAUUUUUUCGGUAUGUAGAAUGAUUUUGCCCUAUGAAAAUAUAUGACGUGUAGCAUUUUCAUUUCCA